GUAGCAGACAAUUCCUAGGCCAUCGUCUGUGGGGCAGAAUUGAAAGUCUAGUCAUCGCUACAAUAAUGGCCCGAACGACCGAAAGCUAGGUGCCGACGAUGGGGACGUGGGGCUUCGGCCUAUUCUUCUGGACGGGCAGAGAGAAUGGCAAGGAGGCUGCUCUUCCGAGCUCGUGCUCCAUCCCAUGCCUGCCGCCCGCAAUUUCCAAUUUCCCCGCGUUUCCGUUCCGUCGUCUUGAUAGUUUGGGCAGGCCCUUGAACCGUGGGGGGACGGGCUUAUAAGACGGGUCAUGACCGACAUACAUACACUCUCCUCGACAUUGACAGCCUCAACAGGUACACAACCAUAAAACCAUAACACGCACACCACCGACACAAUGGCCGCCCCUCCAGCCCCCGGCAUCUACCCCCCGGUCCCGACCUUCUUCGUAUCGCGCAAGGCGGCCGACUACAGCGACCACGCCGCCCCCGUCGACGUCGCCGCCCAGGCCGCCCACUCGCUGUACCUGGCCCGCGCCGGCAUCCACGGCCUCGUCGUGCUGGGCAGCACCGGCGAGGCCGUGCACAUGACCAACCAGGAGCGCGCCAAGGUCCUCUCGGGCGUGCGCCAGGCCCUGGACGGCGAGGGCUUCAAAGACUACCCCAUCAUCGCCGGCACGGCCAGCCAGAGCGUCGACGAGGUGGUGGAGCAGCUGCGCGACGCCCACGCGGGCGCGGGCUGCCAGUUCGGCCUGUGCCUGGUGCCCGGCUACUUCGCCGGCGCCGCGGGCCAGGACGGCAUCGUGCGCUGGUUCACCGCCGUCGCCGACCGCUCGCCCAUCCCCGUCAUGAUCUACCACUACCCGGGCGUGUCCAACGGCGUCAAGGUGACCGUGUCCACGUUCGUCAAGCUGUCCAAGCACCCCAACAUCGUCGGCUGCAAGCUCUCGUACGCCGACCUGCCCGCGCACCUCGAGAUCGCGCUGAACCCGGACGUGGACCGAAAGGGGUUCGCCGUCUUCACGGGCCUGGGCUCGCAGCUGUGGCCCGUCGUGGCCGUGGGCGGCGCGGGCGCCGUCGACGGCGUCGCCGCGUUUUUCCCAAGGGCGGUCCUGCGCCUCUUCGCCCUGGCCGGCCUGGUGCGGCCGUCGGACGCCGAGGACGCCGAGCGCAGGCGCCUGCAGUACCUCGUGACGGCCGUCUACACAAAGCUGAUCCCCUUCGGCACCGUCGCCAUCAAGGAGGCCGUCGCCCGCCUGCGCGGCUUCGGCGACCCGGACGGCACCCGCCCGCCGCUGCUGGCCGGCUUCCCCGACGGCGACGCCGAGUGGGCCAGGUGGAAGCCGCUGGUGGACGAGCUGCAGGCUAUCGAGGACAAGCUGUGAGGAGGUUCUGCAUAUAGGUUGCUUCUUUGGGCAUAAAUAAAAUAAUUUUGCUACAUCUAGGCCAUCCAUUUGGCUUUGUGUUGCACUAGGAU